AUGGCCCGAGCCAACAACGCCGAUGGCUGUGUUUGUCACAGACCUCAUAGUGUUUGGAGUGAAGAGAAGGCCCACUUAGCGGUUGACCACGGUAUGCUACGGUUCGAUCUCAGUGAUGCAUGCCGUUGGUGCGAUGCUACCGCCACUGUUGCCCGAAUUCUGACUAGAAUCCAAUUACAACUUUUUGAUGCAAUUCUCAUACAAGACAUCCAAACUUUUGACGAAACUAGGGUUGGUGACCUCUUGGAGAGAAUGAGCACCGACGCUUUGAUUGUGAAGGAUGCCAUGGCGCGCUCGGUCAUCAACUUUUUAGAGGGACUAAUCAAGUUAUCUGUCGCUCUUGGAUUUAUGACAUGGGCCAGUCCUAUCCUAACUGGUAUAUUGCUGACUUGCCUGCCAAUAUUGGUCCUCAUCUCUGUACCUAUGUCUAGGGCACUGAAGUCAGUCGCUCGGCAAUUGAGUGAGGCGAAAGCAGCAGGCACGAGUAUAGCGCAGGAAAUGAUAUCUUCUGUGCGCACGGUUCGUGCCUUUGCCUCUGAAAGUCUGGCCCGCAAGCUCAUCUCGAAUUUCCUUGUGGGCCCGCAAGUGGAGGAACACAGGAAAGCGCCCCUGCUAUGCAUGCUCGCGGGUCUUUUUAUUUGUGUGCUGAUGCUCACCGUCUUUGGGGUUCUCAGUAUAACAAUUUGGCUGGGUUUCUUGGCUGUACUCGACGAUCAGCUGGACCCUGGUGUUUUGUUGAGCUUCUUCUUGUAUGCUUCUUUUGCGGUCGGAUGCACCAUGGGCUUACUAGCAGCCACCGCUUCUUUAAUGAGUUCGCUUGGAGCCGUAUUGCGCAUCACUGCGAUUCUAGAUCAAGAACCUGUGAUACCUAUCUGUGAUAUGAAUGCAUUACGGCCAAGUACAAUCAAAGGCCGCAUUGAGUUUAAAAGUGUCCACUUUGCCUAUCCAUCAAGGCCACUGGUCCCUAUAUUGCGCAACUUUAGCCUAUUGAUACCCGCAAACAAAGCAACAGCGCUAGUAGGCAUGAGCGGGGGUGGGAAAUCUACAGUGUUAUCUGUCUUGGAGCGCUUCUAUGACGUUGCUGGCGGGCAGGUCGUCCUAGAUUAUCACGACAUUACCACCUUAGAUCCAUGUUGGCUGCGGCAGCGCAUUGCCUACGUGCAGCAGGAACCAGUCCUCUUCUCUUGUUCAAUCGCUGAGAACAUUAACUUUUCCCGCCGCGCCGCAAAGGAAGCGAAUGCAUUUAAAUUUAUUGAAAAUAUGAGCGAUGGAUUUGAGACCGAAGUCGGUGAGCGUGGCAUGCUGUUGAGCGGAGGUCAAAAGCAGCGCAUUGCAAUCGCGCGCGCCAUUGUAUCCAACCCGCGAAUUUUGCUCUUAGACGAAGCGACGUCCGCGCUGGACUCGGAGUCAGAAGCCCUUGUACAGCAGGCGUUAGAUCGAUUGAUGAUUUCCCGCACCGUGGUUGCCAUCGCCCAUCGCUUGAAAACAAUUGUCAACAUGGACCAAAUAUCAUUGCUCUCACGAGGCGAGGUGGUAGACUCGGGAUCUCACGCUGACCUAUUGCAGCGCUGUGCUGCAUAUCAGCAGCUUGUGCGUGCCUCGACUCACUAA